AUGGGUGAGACAAAGAUUCCACUAGCAAAGGUGCAUGUGAUGAUCGGCACUGCACUGAUCUUGCUCUCAGUAGUAUUCGUUUUGCUUGAGGUCACCUUGGGCCCUAGAGGCACCCAACUUGACUACAUCUAUCCGGUUUAUGCAUCCUGCUCCUUCAGCUUCAGCACUGGCCUUGCAGGCCUGUCCCUUGGAUUCCGUGGCCGUUCGCGUCUUUUGGCCAUUGCUGUUGGCUUUUUUGACCUAAUCAACGGCAUCUUAACCAGCUUGGCUAUCUUGCUCAAUCUGGAGCCUAGCAACUUGACACUGUUUGCGGUUUUCUUGUCUGUCGGAUGGCUUAUCAUCAUGCUCAGCUACAUUCAGACAUUACUGAUUUUUGCAUUUCUUUGCCCUGCUUGUUGGAGAACCAAUUGGACUCUUUACAAAGCUGAAGAAGCCUUGAGUGGGGAUUCGGAGGGCCAAGAAUCAGUGGUGCUCGACAGCGAAUGGAUGGAGCGUCAGGCAAGGAAGGAGGAUCGUCCAGAUGAAGAUCCUGAAAAAGAGACUGACAAUGAAGCGAAUACUGAAACUGAAAUAAAGACGGUUGGUAAAGAGAGGCAGGAAGAUGAGGAAAAUGAACCAAACCGCGAUUAUCCUCCGACUUUAUUUACUGAAUAUGCUCUUUCAGUUGAUAAGCCUGAAGAAGAUGGCUGGCCACCUUAUCCAUUUAAACAGAAGGGCUUCGGUGACCAAGAAAAUAUCAUAGAACAUUCAGUCUAA